UCACAUAAACUCGUUUUAAUUUAAUGUAUUUAUUUACAUUUUAGGCCAAACUCUGAUUUUCGAAGAAAAUUUCGAUGACUUUAAUUUGGACGUAUGGGAACAUGAAAUGACAGCUGGUGGGGGCGGAAACUGGGAGUUCCAGUACUAUACAAACAACCGAUCAAAUAGCUACACGAAAAAUGGAAACCUGUAUAUCAAACCGACAUUGACGUCCGAUAAAUAUGGAGAAUCCUUCCUGUCAUCUGGCGUACUUAGCUUGUGGGGCGCUUCGCCUGCCGAUAUAUGUACCGGGAAUAAGUUCUGGGGAUGCGAGCGAACAGGAAGUUCGAGUAACUACCUUAACCCAAUCCAGUCUGCUCGUCUCAGAACCGUCAAAUCAUUUAGUUUCAAGUAUGGACGAGUCGAAGUCUCGGCUAAGAUGCCCACUGGCGAUUGGCUGUGGCCUGCAAUAUGGUUGUUGCCAAAACACGAAUACUAUGGUGGUUGGCCGGCCUCUGGGGAAAUUGACAUGGUAGAGAGCAGAGGAAACUUGUAUUUGAAGGAUGCAUCUGGUCAAAACGUCGGUGUACAGCAAGUAGGAUCUACCCUUCACUGGGGUCCAUUCUGGCCUUACAACGCGUGGCCAAAGACCCAUGCAACAAAGAACCUCGACUCGGGAACCUUUGGAUCAAAAUUCCACAAAUAUGUCUUGGAGUGGACAGAAAAUGGAAUUAAAUGUUCCAUCGAUGAUGACUUGAUUUUGAGCGUCAAUCCGCCAAAUGGAUUCUGGGAUUAUGGGAACUUCGCAAAAGAAGCCCCAGGAGUUGAAAAUCCCUGGGAGCACGGAAGUAGAUUGGCUCCUUUUGACAAAGAGUUUUACCUCAUUAUGAACGUUGCUGUGGGAGGCACUGCUUAUUUCAGCGAUUCGUUUACUAAUUCUCCUGAUCCAAAACCAUGGCUUAACAACUCACCAACUGCAGCAAAGGACUUCUGGCUGGGCAAGAACAGCUGGUACCCUACAUGGAAAGGCGAAGACGCUGCCAUGCAGGUGGACUAUGUCAAAGUCUGGCAAUAUUAGAUGCUGGCAUUUUGGAAUCAAGCAAGAAAUUUUUCAGAUACUUAAUUGGCAAAAUUUUGCUUGACCUAAUAUUAGUGCUACAGUAAAUAAUAAAUUUAUCUCUCAACUAAAAAUCUGACUUACUUAAACUGAAUAAAUUUAAAUUAUAAGUUCCUUAAGUUAAUCACAAUCUCAUUGUACUCAAGAAGAGACUUAUAGGUAACAAAGGGUACAAGUCUCUGUACAAAGUGCCUUAUCAGAAUAACUGAAGUUGUUAUUAAGUACUGUUCAUGUUAAUAAUUUAAUUAAAAAAUAAGUUCAAUCAGAUAAAUUAAAUUAAUAAAUACAUGCAGUGAAAUGAA